GGGGACCAGCAGCGGCGCCGGAUCUACCCGGGCGUGGCCUUGUGACGCGACGUCACGUAUCCCCUGUCUGGCGGCCCAUUGGGUCGCCACUCCUACUCUUUUCCCGGGUAGGAGAACUGGUCGCAGAGCCGGAAGGGAGGUAGCCUUCGCGUUUCAGACAGCGGCGGCGUUUCAGACAGAGCGGUCUAGUGCCAGUGGAGCUUGCCAGCUUCUGCAUUCGGGCUCCAUCCCGAGGUGGAGAGAAACCCCAGGAUUCUGGUGGCCCUUGGGAGGCGCAGAGUCGGAUAGCCAAGUACCCGUUGCAGACUGAAAUAGCGGAGCCUGUGAGGGCCACCGGAAGCCCCGCCCCUGGGAGGAGUCGGGAAGCCGCGCCGAGGAGGUAGGAACCCAAAGAGGCGGCCCCUGGGGUGGAGUCCGCCGGCCAUGGCCACACCCCCGGGGGCCGGUCCCGCUGCUCUUCGCUUUGUAGCUGCUGCCAGCUGGCAGGUCAUUCGCGGACGCUGCGUGGAGCAUUUUCCCCGAGUAUUGGAGUUUCUGCGAUACCUGCGCGCUGCUGCCCCUGGCUUGGUUCGCUACCGGCAUCAUGAACGCCUGUGUAUGGGCCUAAAGGCCAAGUUGGUGGUGGAGCUCAUCCUGCAGGGCCGGCCUUGGGCCCAGGUUCUAAAUGCCCUACAUCACCACUUCCCAGAGUCUGGACCUGCAGUGCGGGACCCCAAAAUCACAAAGCAGGAUCUGAGGAAGAUAUCAGAGGCUCAGGAAACCUUUUGCCAGCAGGUGAAGCAGCUGGCAGAAGGCCCUGUUGAUUUGGCUUCGAAGCUGCAGGAACUCGAACAAGAGUAUGGGGAAACUUUUCUGGCUGCCAUGGAAAAGCUGUUUUUUGAAUAUUUGUGUCAGCUGGAAAAAGCACUGCCUCUGCUGCAGGCACAGCAGCUUCAGGAUGUGCUGAGUUGGAUGCAGCCUGGAGUUUCUAUCACUUCUUCUUUUGUCUUGAGCCAAUAUGGCGUGGACAUGGGGUGGCCACUUCCAGAGUGCUCUGCUACUGAUGCAGUGAACACGACAGAGCCCUCAGAGCAGAGUCCUCCUCAGCAACCAAGACCAGCACUCUACGACCCCCUGCCAAAAGCCUCUCCUGGCCCACUGCUUCCUCAGGGACCAGCCUCAAGGAAGCAUCCAGAACCUCUGACCGGCCACCAUUUCAAUCUGGCCCCUCUAGGCCGGCGAAGAAUCCAGUCCCAGUGGGCAGCCACUAGCAGAGGCCAUAAGGAGCGCCCCACAGUCAUGCUGCUCCCCUUCAGGGAUGUGGGUUCAGCAGCCCAGGUCACAUCUAAGCCUGGGAAGGGCAAAGACGGCACACACCCAGCAGAUCCAGCAGGUCCUGCGGGCACCAGAGCACUCCUGACCGGGAAGUCUAGGAGUCCAUCCAGGACCCUGGGAGGGAGAGCGGUGAAGGGGAAUCCGAUGGACUCAUCUGCCUCGGAGCAAAAGGAGAACUGCAACAUGGACUGCCACAUGGAACCACGAAGACUGUCAUUAUCACCUCCUAGGAAGUCAGUUUGUCCUCCAUCUCUGUACAGCUCUGACAUUACCAUAGGGGACCUGGUUUUGGACUCUGACGAGGAAGAAGAUAGCCAGAGUGAAGGAAGGGAUCCUCCUUAUGUGCCCUCCUUACCGAAAGCCUUGGCCACAUCCCCAGGACAGCUGCAGCCUCCAUCCUGCAAAGUAAGGAGCACUGUGAAGAGACAGUAUGGAUGCCCCAAGCCCUCUAGGAGGUCCCAGCGGCCCAGCUCAAUGCUGACAGGGACCCAGGAACCCUGAUCCAAACUCUACCAGAACCUCUAGAUGUGGGUGAGAACCCAGAUGUUUGGCAGCUUCAUACCCUACCCUGCCCAUGACCUUACUGAAAUGAUGUGGCCUUUGAGGCCAUGAGCAGCAUCUGCACACUCCAUCACUGCACUUAGCUGUGGAUACCCCACUCCGGUUUUCUUCCGGGUGGUACACACGGAGCCUGUGAAGAAUGUGACAAGAAUGAGGAUGAAGUUCUCCACAGGUGUCUGCCACUGGAGGGGUGGCCAGUGACCCCCCAGUGAACCAGCUUACCUGGUCCAAUUCCCACUUUGAUGAUGUCAGCUCCAGAGAGGAUCAGCUCUUCCACCAUUUCUCCUGUUACCACAUUCCCUGCCUGGGACAGAGCCAUCAUAACAGCAUUCUCAGGGUCUCUUCUCAGGAAAGAGAGGAGGUCAUGUGCUUCCAACAUUAUUACAAAGAAGAGUCCCUGGGCUCCUCUUUUAGAUGAGUCACUUCAAAGGACCCUGCUUCCCAAGCUGAGGUAAGGGGGUGAGUGGCCAGUGUUACUGUUGUACUAGGGUAAAGUGGGGGUCCAACUGGAAUAAGUUCACACCGGAUUUAUAGUAGAUUCAUCUCUCCCUCCCCACCAAGACACCCAAACAUAUCCUGUGCUUAAGUUGUUAUGUCAUGAAACCUCUCUGGCUUCAGGGGAAGUGGGAGGACAUGGUAAUGUAGGCUAAGUACCCACCUACCCAAUUGUAUUUGCUUUUGAUGAACAGGACAGAGAGACCCCACAAUGCUGUGAAGAAAACAAGGCCUUGUCAUCACUCCCCUGAGCUUGUAAAAAAAUAAAACUGCAUUUGAUACAACCCCUUUAAUAUAA